UCAAAGUUUUUGUCUCUGUUUUUUUUUUUUUUAUCAUCACAUAAAAGCAAUCACACUCACUUUCUUUUCUCUCCAAAAUCCAUUCUCUUCACUAAAACCUCUCUAAACCCAACAACUUUUGUUUUUCCCAUUUUUCCCCAAUUUAUGACCAAAACCAAACCCAUCAUCUUCAUCUCCACAUCUUAAACAUUAAAUUCUUGAAUCCAUGGAGACAAUCAAAUGCAGAUCAAUCCCAACCCACAAAAGCAAACUAGCCAAAACAUUUCAAAAAGUCAUCAAUCUCAAAACCGCCACAAAAAUCGCUUCCAACAAUGGAAUUGGCAUUUGCAUGCUCACUUCACAGAACAAAUUCGAUCAAGAACACGACCUUAACAAACCCUACAAACCCCACGACGCUAAAGAUAAAAAAAAGGCGGUUCUUUACGCCUUAGCUGCUAAGCUUUUUGCAGGGAUCACCGCCAUUAAAGCAGCUUAUGCUGAGCUUCAAAUGGCCCAGAAUCCUUACAGCAGUGAAGCUAUACAAUCUGCUGAUCAAGCUGUUGUUGAAGAGCUUAAAUCAAUCUCUCAGCUUAAAAGAAGCUUUUUCAAGAACGAUCUUGAUCAUCUUUCUCCGCAAGUUACCGUUAUGCUUGCGGAAAUUCAAGAACAGCAGAGUAUGAUGAAGACCUACGAGAUUACAAUCAAGAAACUUGAGUCUGAAAAAAAAGCUAAAGAUUUGGAAGCUUCUUCACUCAAGAAAAAGCUGGCCGAGUCGAAUUUAUACAACAAAUCUUUAGAAAAAACACUGAAUGCUAGCGGCCCAUUAUCAAUGUUCGAUCAGGUUCAGUUCUUGAAUCUAAACCCUACUCAUUUUGUCCAGUUUCUUCACUCGGCCUUACGUUCGAUGAGAGCCUUUGUGAAAAUAAUGGUACGUGAAAUGGAAUUCGCCCGUUGGGAUAUUCAAGCGGCUGCUAAUGCAAUCGAACCGGAUUUAACCUUCUCUAACCCGACUCAUUGCCGGUUUGCUUUUGAAUCGUUUGUUAGCAAAACUUUGUUCGAAGGUUUUAAUCAGCCAAAUUUUAUGCUUUCGAAUGAAACCCAUCAUUACCAGAACUACUUCAACAAGUUCAAGAAUCUAAAGUCUACAAAUCUGAGACAUUAUCUAACCCAAAACCCGACGUCGUCUUUUUCAAGAUUUACGAGGGGGAAGUAUCUGCAACUUGUUCAUGCAAAAAUGGAAUGUUCUCUGUUCGGCAACUUGAACCAGCGGAAGCUUGUGAACUCCGGCGGGUUCCCGGAAUCCGCUUUCUUCACGGCGUUUCUUGAAAUGGCGAGGAGAGUUUGGUGUUUGAAUCUUUUGGCGUUUUCGUUUGGUGAAGAUGUUAGUGUUUUUCAAGUUAGUAAGAAUUCAAGAUUUUCGGAGGUUUAUAUGGAGAGUGUUACUCACGAGUCUUUGUUGGAUGAUAAUGACGACGGCGUUGAGGGUGAUCUCCGGGUGGGUUUCACGGUGGUUCCGGGGUUCAAGAUUGGUAAAACUGUCGUACAAAGUCAGGUUUAUUUAUCGCCGGUGUCUUCUCCGGUGAGUUCGUGAUAUGUCUUUUUUUUUAUAUUUUUCUUAGAAUAUCGUGUUGUAUAAUUUUGUAUUAUAUUAUAAAAUAAUAGUAAUUGUAGUAAUAUUAUAUUAAUUGAAGUGCUAAGCUGACGCGCUUAACAGCAA